AUGGGCUCCAAAGGAAGGGUGCUAUUUGAUCUUAAUGAACCCCCUAUAGAGAAUGAAGAUGAUAAUGCUGGUGUUGUUUCCUUCCAGCCUAAGAGGGCCAUUCCUUCAGCAAGUACUCCGGCAGCUGAUUUAUUUGUGGCAGCUGCUGGUCCCCAAGGGAUAGUAAAUAAUCAUGCUUUCUCCCAUGCUUCUUCUGUAUCUGGUUUCCAACCUUUUGUGAGGUCAAACAUUGUUCAGGGAUCUGGUACUUCUGCUCCUGAAAAGAAGAUGCUUUCCGAUUCUCACUCGUCACCCAAAGCAGGUGAUGCUCAAGAUACGAAAGAUGCCUCAAGCCUGCAAUCUGGUCCUGUUGAUGCUCCUUUGGUCAUUGAGAAGGAAGAAGGUGAAUGGUCUGAUGUGGAGGGCUCAGAAGACGACAAUGGUAUAAUAAAUGGGGGUGGUGUUCAGGAAGUUUCAAGUGAUAAACCGUUGCUUGAGAAACGCAUGGAUGAGAUGAUGGAAAGUGUUGUUGGUGAUGCGAAGAAUGACAAUGAUAGCCUUAUUCCAGAAACAAGUGACAAGAAAGCUGAUAUAACUGCCGAUUGCGAGGAAGAUGUGGCUCCAGUGCCAAAGCAAAGGGAAGUUAAAGGAAUUGAAGCUAAUCAUGCAUUAAAGUGUGCAAAUAAGCGUCCUAAGUUUGACCAGCAAAAGGAAGCAAUGCUGGGGAAGAAGCGGAGUAGGCGGACCGUGUUUCUCAAUUUAGAAGACGUUAAGCAAGCUGGUGCUUUGAAGUCUUCAACUCCCAAAAGGCAGAUUCCUGCUCCCACUGUAACCCGGACUGUUAAAGAAGCUCGUCCCACUACAGAAUCCGGAGAUAAGCAAACUCUGCAGCCUGUUGUAAGUAGGGAUCCAAAGCAGGUCGAUCUACCCAGCAGUGAAGAAUAUAAUUUGGAGUCUAAUGAGUGUAAGUCCGAGAGCAUUGGUGACAACAGCUCUGGGCCUUCGGGUCCUUUCAGAAGGUUGAAUAGCUUGAUGGAUGUUUCUUCCGAAGGACAAGCACCACCUGUUCCUAGACAAAGUUCAUGGAAGCUCCCAACCGAUACAAGGCCUCUUAAGAAUUCACAAUUUUCUGGUAGGAGGCCAGCUGUUAGCAGUCAGAGUUCGACCGACCCUAAGUUAGCCACGAAAAAAAUACCAUCCAAGAAGCAAGCUAUAGCUAACAAUCCAUAUCAAGAUUCAUCAGUGGAGCGUCUCCUGCGUGAGGUGACAAAUGAGAAGUUCUGGCAUCAUCCAGAGGAGGAGGAGCUCCAACGUGUUCCUGGUCGUUUUGACUCAGUAGAGGAGUAUAUCAGGGUAUUUGAGCCUUUGUUGUUUGAAGAAUGCCGUGCACAGCUUUACAGUACCUGGGAGGAGUCAUCUGAAGCCAUUUCCAGUCAUGUUAGGGUGGGAAUAAAAAGCAUAGAACGUCGUGAAAGGGGAUGGUUCGAUGUGAUACUAAUUCCACCGCAUGAAUACAAAUGGAAUUUUAAAGAAGGAGAUGUUGCAGUUCUUUCAUCCCCUAAGCCUGGAACAGCCAAUAUAUGGAGGGGCAGUUCCUCGGCUAGAGAUGAUGAGAAGUCAGAAGUUACGGGACGUGUUGCUGGGACAGUGAGGAGGCAUAUACCCAUUGAUACACGAGAGCAUACUGGGGCAAUCCUUCACUUUUAUGUUGGGGAUGUAUACGAUUCCAGCAGCAAGAUUGGUGAUGACCAUAUUCUGCGGAAGCUUCAACCAGGGGGCGUCUGGUACCUAACUCUGCUUGGUUCUCUUGCUACCACACAGCGAGAAUAUGUCGCUUUGCAUGCUUUCCGUCGUCUUAACUUACAGAUGCAAAAUGCGAUUCUGCAGCCUAGUCCUGAUCAGUUCCCAAAAUACGAAGAACAGCCUCCUGCAAUGCCCGAGUGUUUUACUCCAAACUUUGUUGAGUAUCUUCACAGGACUUUCAACGGACCUCAGCUAGCAGCAAUCCAAUGGGCGGCUAUGCAUACAGCCGCUGGUACAUCGAAUGGGGCGACGAAGAAGCAAGACCCAUGGCCUUUCACCCUAGUUCAGGGGCCUCCCGGGACUGGCAAGACCCACACAGUUUGGGGAAUGCUUAAUGUGAUCCAUCUCGUCCAGUAUCAGCACUACUACACUGCACUGCUAAAGAAACUGGCACCCGAAACCUACAAGCAGGCCAACAAUGAGAACUCUUCUUCGUUGGAUAAUGUGGCUGUUGGGUCAAUUGAUGAGGUCCUCCAGAGCAUGGAUCAGAAUCUAUUCCGAACCCUUCCGAAGCUGUGCCCGAAGCCGAGGAUGCUGGUUUGUGCUCCCUCGAACGCGGCAACUGACGAGCUGCUAGCGCGUGUUCUCGACCGUGGAUUUAUCGAUGGGGAGAUGAAGGUUUACCGGCCGGAUGUUGCUCGGGUGGGCGUGGAUUCCCAGAGCAGGGCAGCACAGGCGGUGUCUGUAGAACGAAGGACGGAGCAGCUUCUUAUGAAGAGCCGUGAUGAAGUUCACGGGUGGAUGCACAGCCUGAGAAUGCGCGAGAACCAAUUGGCCCAGCAAAUUGCUUGCCUUCAGAGAGAGCUGAAUGUUGCUGCCUUGAGCGGACGUGCUCAGGGGUCGGUGGGUGUGGACCCAGAUGUUCUCAUGGCCAGGGACCAGAACCGAGAUGCGUUGCUUCAGAACCUGGCGGCCGUAGUUGAGAACAGGGACAAGAUACUGGUGGAGAUGUCGCGGCUGCUCAUCUUGGAAGGCAGGUUCCGUGCAGGUGCCAACUUUAAUCUGGAGGAUGCUCGUGCAAAUCUGGAGGCGAGUUUCGCGAACGAGGCCGAAAUCGUUUUCACGACAGUGUCGAGCAGCGGUCGUAAGCUCUUCUCCCGUCUCACUCACGGCUUCGACAUGGUUGUGAUAGACGAGGCGGCUCAGGCCAGUGAGGUGGCCGUGCUUCCUCCGCUUUCUCUUGGUGCUGCCCGUUGCGUCCUUGUUGGGGAUCCACAGCAGCUCCCAGCCACUGUCAUUAGUAAGGCCGCCGGGACUUUAUUAUACAGCAGAAGCCUUUUCGAGAGGUUCCAGCAGGCCGGGUGCCCCACCAUGCUGCUGUGUGUGCAGUACAGGAUGCACCCCCAUAUACGCGAUUUUCCUUCAAGGUACUUCUACCAAGGCCGUCUUACAGACAGCGAGAGCGUCGUUAAUCUUCCGGACGAGCUUUAUUACAAAGAUCCUCUGCUCAGGCCCUAUGUCUUUUAUGAUAUUACCUACGGUCGCGAAUCUCACCGCGGGGGUUCUGUCUCGUUCCAGAAUACACAGGAGGCACAGUUUUGUGUACGUUUGUUCGAGCACCUCCAGAGGACAGUCAAGUCAAAUGGGGUUGGGAAAGUGUCUGUUGGGAUAAUCACGCCGUACAAGCUGCAGUUGAAAUGCCUGCAACGGGAGUUCAAGGAUGUUUUGAAUUCCGACCAAGGGAAAGACAUCUAUAUUAACACGGUUGAUGCUUUCCAGGGCCAGGAACGAGAUGUGAUAAUAAUGUCGUGUGUGCGUGCAUCCAAUCAUGGGGUUGGGUUUGUUGCCGAUAUUCGUAGGAUGAAUGUUGCUCUUACUCGUGCCAGAAGAGCUCUCUGGGUCAUGGGAAAUGCAAAUGCUCUAGUCCAAUCUGAAGACUGGGCUGCAUUGAUUGCUGAUGCUAAGGCAAGAAACUGUUAUUUGGACAUGGAUUCCGUGCCGAAAGACUUUGUUCCCGAGUCAUCUACUUAUGGUACGUUUCCAAAGAUUUCUGGUGCAAGGGGGUUGAGACCUGGGCAAAGAUAUAGAUCACAUGAUCAGCAAUUGGAAUCACGGUCUGGAACGCCAUCAGAAGACGAGGAAAAGUUGAAUGUAACAAGCGUCAGCAGGAACGGAAGUCAUCGGACAUUAAGGCUAGGACCAGAAAAUCCAUCGGAUGAUUUUGAUCCGUCUAGUGAUAAAUCUCGGGAUAUUUUGCAACAUAAUAGCAAUCUAAAUAAUAAGCAAAAUGCUGCUUUGGGUGUGUUGGGAAAGCGAGAUCCAUAG